GGAUAAGCGCGCACUGCUCUCCGAUCGGCAGGCAACACACCUCACUUCCGUCUCUCUCUGCCGUUAGCCUGUUUGCCGCAGUUUGUCUCUGUCGCACCCGUUAGCUGAAACACUGUGUAUCCUGUCGGGUGUUAGCUGAUUCAUCAUCGACAUUCUUGCAAAUUGAAGGGAGAAGAACAAUAUGGGAGAGAUGAAAUACAAGUGUCCUCUUAGCAUUGAAUCGGUAGAGAUUGCGAAAGAGGAACUGAGAGAAGAUGAGACAACUAGAGAGCAGGCUCUCGAGAUUCUGAGAAGUUGGAUUGAGAGAAACCCCCGUAUUGAAAACUGCAGAAUGGACGCAUCAUUCCUUCUGCGUUUUUUGCGCUUCAAAAAGUUCAGCGUACCCAUGGCUCAAGAGGCAUUGGAGAGAUAUCUACUGUUGAGGCAAUGCUACGAGUAUUCAUUCCGCAAUUUGGACAUCCAGCAACCAAACAUGAGCGAGCUAUUUGAUAAAGGAUAUCUGUUUGCUGCACCUGGGAGAGAUAAGAAGGGAAGACGGGUUAUCAUUGCACGACCUGGCGUGUUUGAUCCUCACAAAUUCAGGAACAUCGACAUGUGUCGCAUUCAUGGCGUUGUUUAUGAGACGUUGAUGGAAGAUGAAGAGUCACAGGUGCGCGGAUUUGUUCACUUCAACGACGGAGUUGGAGUUUCGUUUCCGCAUCUCACGCUCUUCACACCCAAAGAAUGCGUCAGAAUUGUCAAAAAUGGAGAGAUUUACAGCGCAGUAGAAGAAGCCCAUGAGCACAUUGACAAGAAAAUGCUUCCAAAGGAGUAUGGCGGGGAGAUGCCAAUGGCUGAAAUGAUUGAUCUCUUCAGGAAAGAGUUGGAAGCGUCUCGAGGACUUCUGCUGAGCCACGAUGAGGAGCUGAAAGUGCGCGAAGACAUGUUCAGUGAAAGUGCUAAAUGUGGCGCAGUUUCCGCCCUCAAAAAUGGAGGCAACUGUAAUCCACACCAGGACAUUCUAGCCGGCAGUUUUCGCAAACUGGAGGUUGAUUAGCAACUUAUUUAACAACCUCAAUAAUCUAAUUUUAUAAAAUAGAAACCUAUAUAUUUUGUUACACGUUCUCUAGAAUAGACUACUACGAUAAAAUAAGUUCAGUUUUCAAAGUAUAGCAAUUUAUUAUAAAGAUGAUAUCAAUCGUAAAUCGUAAGUUUUGAUAAUUCUCGCUUAGGAUGGCUGAUCUUCGAGUUGAGCUAUCUUCAAUUAGACAAAAUAAUU